ACUGCUGCAUUAGCUACCGUUUGCAAUUCUAUAGUAGUUAUUGCUGCCCAUGGCUCUCAAAAUGCCUUGCCGGUGAAUGUGACGUCAACGGCGGGUGACAACAAUACUGUACCGAGAAACUCGACCAUCUGCGUAGAUUGCUUAUACUAUGAUUAUGGAUACUUUUAUUUGCAUUUAAUUAUUUUUGUUAUAAUCUCUCUAAUAACUGCUUUUGGUCUUACUGUUGUUUCCUGUGUGCAAAAAAUUAUUGAUUCUUGUAAGAUAAAUGCUAGCGAAAAUGAUUGCAAUUCUGCAUAUAGAUAUGUGGCGAUAUCAAACCUUGUGGGUUAUGGAAUAUCAGCCAUUAUCUCGAUCCAUUUUGCCUUAGUUAAUCAUGAAUUUUAUUUAAUAUAUAAAGCUGAAGAGGAUAAUCUUAAAGUGGACGUUCCUAAAGAGGAUCCUGAAGAUAAUAGUUCUUCAACUUCUAAACAAGAGAAUAAGAUUUAA